AAAUGACUCAAGGGAUGAGUUGAACUCAGAUUCUCUUGAUUGAGACCCUUGAUCAUAUUAAAUAAAUUUUAAAACAUAAUGAGCUGGCCAAAUAGCUUGUAAAUAAGCUAAAGGCCAUUACCCCUGAAUACUGCUUUUGUGUUCAGAUUGAAGAAGAAGAAGAAGAAGUAUGCAUGUAGUGGGUGUGUGAAUCCCCAUAAACGUUCUGUAAAUACUUAAAUGUUUAGCUUUGUCAACAAGCACUCGUAUCUAAACGAUUUAGCAAGUUCGUAGACAACUAGCAAACGUUUGCUAAUUAUAUUAAUAUAACAACCCUUUGUCAACAACUAGGAUUAGGAUUAGAGGCAGAAAACAAAUUUCCCAUAUCAAAUCAAACUUUCAACAAUGGCGGAAGAGAAAAAAAGCAAUAACGAAUUAAAAAACUUUACAGAUGAUCUUUUAUUAAACAAAAUUUUGCAAUGUGCUUCCUGCGAGGAUGUGUUAAACUCGCCUGUGAAAAUGGUGGAUGGUGUAGGAGACGUAUGCAAUGAUUGCUAUCAAACAAAAUAUUCAAACCAAGCUACCAUAUCUUUUAUAAAUUCUAAAAUAGAUUACAUAAUCUCCAAAUUGGAAAUACCUUGUAAAUUUACUUCAGAAGGAUGUUCCGAAAUUCUUCCACAUGCUAAAUACUUGUUACAUGUGAAAGAUUGUAUGUAUCAAGCAAAACCGUGUCCGAUAAAAAGUUGUAUUUGGCAAGAUAAUAAUUUUAAAAUAAAUGAGCAUUUUAAGGAAUGUCAUGCUGAUAAUGUAAUAAAAAUUGAUUCUGAUAUGUUUUCUGUUAUCUGCAAAGAAAAUCAGAAGGAAUUAAUUAAUUUGAUAAUAAUAAAUGAUGAGUCUUUAAUGUUAAAACUUAAAAUAGAUAGUGGAAAAUUAUUUUAUAUGCUAUGCACAACAAAUAAAACACAAAAACAUACAAAAUAUUCUGUAGAAAUUGAUACAGUAGUAGGAAGGGUAUCAAAUAACAGCAAACUAUGUUCUUACAAUAACAUUUAUGGCAGUGUAAGUCCAGACAAUGGUUUGAAUUUGUUAGAAUUGUUAUGCACAAGCGAAAUUAAGGUAACCUUUAUCCUGAAAAAUACUAAUAUAAGCGGAAAAGGUUUGACAGAAUACUUGGAAUGUCAAGUUUGCAAAACAUUGAUGAGACCACCAAUACAUAAUUGUGAAAUGGGACAUAGUAUUUGUGGUGCAUGCAAAACCAGAGUAACUCAAUGCCCUUCUUGUAGAAGUUCUUAUUCAUCAAAUUCCAAAAACUAUUCUUUGGAAGGAAUUUGCAAGUAUGUGGAAUAUUCUUGCAAAUAUGACGAUAAAGGGUGCGUCCAAAAAGGAUUUUUGAAUGAAAUUAUUCAACAUGAAGAAGUCUGUUCUUUAAAAGAUAAAUAAUUCGCGGCAUUUUUAUCAUUACUUUGCAAAAAGAAGUACUUACAUUCAUCUAAUUCAAAAAACUAUUCUUUGAAAGAAAUUUACAAGUUUGCAGUCUGUUCUUUAAGAUGAGUAUGAAGAUGAAGAAAAAACGUCCUUUUCAAACCUCGCCAUUUUAAAAAUGUCAUUUUUUAUUUUAAAGAAUAACAUUUUGCUUUGCUUUUUCGUAAAACUUGUUAUUUUGCCAUUUGUUUAGUAUAAUUACUUAUUAUGAUUUUUACUUUAUUUUAAAGUUUGUUUUGUUAGAUUUAGUUAUUUUGUUAUUGGAAAUAUUUUGAAGGAAAGGGAAAAUUUGUGAAUUUAUCACUUUUAAAAUAUAUUAAAAAGUGAUAUUUUUAAUCUUUCUUCCAGAAGUACUAUUCAUCUAAUUCCAAAAACUAACUUUUGA